CCACUGCGAUCCGUCCCUCCGACUGCGGUGCCUGGCAACAGAAAAAGACGUGAUGACGUCCUCUCCAGAUUGCGUAUUAUGGGAUGUGCGGAAUUAAACAAACCCAAGGAGGACACGGGGAAGCAUAACAUAUUAAAAGAGACCGACAUAAACGAGGUGUAUGAAUCAUGGAGCUGUCGGCUGUCGGUGAGAGCGUCUUCGCCGCAGAGUCCAUCAUUAAACGGAGAAUCAGACGGGGUUGCUGGGAAUAUCUGGUGAAAUGGAAGGGCUGGUCUCAGAAGUUCAGCACUUGGGAGCCGGAAGAAAACAUUCUGGAUGCGCGUCUCUUCGCCGCCUUCGAGGAGAGGGAGCGCGAAAAGGAACUGUUCGGGCCGAAGAAGAGGGGUCCCAAAUCCGAGACGUUCCUCUUGAAGGCCAAAACCAAAGAAAAGAUGUAUGAAUUCAGACGAGAGGCUCCGAGAGGGAUCGAGGUGUCCUAUCCCAUCCCGGAGCCUGUCGUAACUCCGAGGGCCCGGGAGGGUUUACGCACUGUGGUUCCCACAAUCUUUCCACCGAGUUCGGUCAACAGAGGGGAAAGCGUCCACAUCCGCCCGCCAGAGCUGGAGCGGAGGCCCAGGCCGACUCCACCAGCUCAUACGACAGUCCAAGAAGCUGUUCGGAUCCCCAAGAAGAGAGGCCGCAAACCGAAGCUGCAUGUACAUUAUGAUAACGACGACGAAGGUAGCUCCGUCGAGCCGGACGCGAAGCGGACCAGGCCAGCGGAGGAGCCGGGGUCACACGGCUCGACCAACAUGUCCCGCCGCGUGCUCCAUCACGGAGAGACGUCCGAUCACAGCCUCAUCCAGCUGACCCGCAGGUUUCAGGAGGAGACCACCAUAACACCCAAACACAGCAGCGGGCAGAGACACGCAGGUCUCUCUUCCGACUGCGCAUUCAGUUCAGAUGUGCGCAAAAAUGAUCCGGAGGCGCGGAGGACUAAAUGCGGGUCCAUGUUGUCUAUUGCUCGGCCCGGCAGCUCCGGGGAACACCGGAGACACCAGGCGAAGGAUUGCUGUCUGCCCCGGGCACAACCUGCUGCCCUCUCCACGCAGUCCGAGUCCAUCCAUGACCAGCCCCCGCGAUCGGCCUCGACCUGGUCCCCCAGUGUCACCAGCCUGGACUCUGUGACCGUGACAGAUGUCACCAUGAACCUUUUGACAGUCACCGUCAGAGAAAGCAGCACCGAGAAAGGCUUCUUCCGAGGGAAAAAAUGAGCAGGCCACGCACGCGCUUCGGAUGUAGGUCAGAGGAAGCGAAUAUGCGCGUUCUUAAUUGUUUAACACGCUAUAACUAACACGCUUACUGUAAUACUAUAUUUUUGUCUAUGUAACUGUCAAACGUGUACAUACAAAUAUUUAAUACGCUGCUGAGAAAAUAAAAAAGUGAUUGUGAGUUAAUGUUU